AUGGCCGGAGAACACUUUUUCCAGGGUGGAGAACACCUCAUCACCUACACGUUCAAUACCCAUCAGGCUAAGCACAAGUUCUGCCGCAUUUGUGGUGUACAAUCGUUCUACGUGCCGCGAUCAAAUCCGGACAGUAUUGGUAUUAUGCCGCAUUGUAUAGACUCUCCAACGGUGAAAGAACUGCGUUUCACUGCAUUCGAUGGCGAACACUGGGAAGAAGAAAUGCAAAAAAAGGCUCCCAUACCAAUUUAG